GAAACACAAGGCGAAAUGGAAAACCAAAAUCCGGAGAAAACGUAUCGCCAUCAUCGCAGGGUUAGUUUGGGCAUUGGGGAAAACAUUAAGAUCUCUCCCCUUUCUCUCGUCUUCAACCAAACCCGUCUUUUCCCCAAAUCUCAAAUCCUCCACCCUCCGCAAACCCUAACCCUCGACCCUCCCUUCUCGAACCUUCCGUGAUUUCGUCAAAUCAAUGGCCAAAGGCACCGAUUCCGACGAGUUCGUCUUGCUCUCUAGGGUUCGCUCCGGCCUCAAGCGUGAGUUCGCCUUCGCCAUGAAGGCCCAGUCCGAGAUCUGCGCCGCCUCCUUGGGCCGGACGCGGGCCAGCAAGAACCGUCCCGACCCGCCGCUCCAGCCCGCCUCGGCCCGCAAGCGCUCCAGGAAGGCCGAGGAGCCCAAACCCCACGAGGACGCUGCCAUGAGCGAGGAAGAGGCCAAGAGCGAUGUCGUUGAUCUUCAGAGCGACGAUGAACCCAAGAUUCACGCCGGAGAGUCUACGCCAAUGCCGGUUUGCGAAGAGAAUUGUAAUCCUAAAAGCGACGUCGUUUUGGAAACUGAGGAGCCCAAGAAUGACGUCGUUUUGGAAACUGUUAUCAAUGAGGAAGAGCCUGUGGUGAAGGAAGAGAUUGUGGAUGAGAUGGCAGAAGCAGAAGCAGAACCUGAACCUGCACCUGAACCUGUUUGUGGAAUUAAAGAGGAAUUGGAGAAGGAGAAGGAUAUUGGUGAGACAACAACCCUAGUUUUGGUUAAAGAUGAUGUUAAGGGCAAGAAGAAGAAGCGGUUGGAGAAGCCGGAACCGGUGAGAAGGUUUACUCGUUCGUUGUUGAAGGUGAAAUCUGAGGAAGGGAAUGAUGAGGGACAUGUUGGUGUGAUUGAAAUUGAUGAUGAUGUUAAGAGGGAAAGUGAAAGCGAGGCUUCGUUGGUGAUGACGGGUCCUUCAACAUGGACAAAGAAUUCGAGUUAUAGGUUGAGGAAGUUUCCUACCAAGUUGAAGGAUCUUCUUGCUACGGGGAUUCUUGAGGGAUUGCCAGUGAGGUACAAGAAGGGGACGAAGGCACGGAAGCCUGGAGAAUCAGCGCUUCAAGGAGUGAUUCGUGACUCUGGGGUUUUGUGCUUUUGUGAUAUUUGUAAGGGGGUUGAGGUUGUCACGCCCACUGUGUUUGAGCUGCAUGCUAGGAGUGCAAACAAGCGUCCCCCGGAGUACAUUUACAUUGAUAAUGGAAAUGGUGGAGUUACCCUUCGUGAUGUCAUGAAUGCCUGCUGCUGUUCUUCAUUGAAGUCCCUGGAGGAAGUCCUCCAAAAGUUCCUUGGUGACUUCACUUUGAAGAAAUCUUCCGUCUGUUUUAACUGCAGAGGUGCAUGCAAAGGUGUGGCAAGACUAGUAUGUGAUUCAUGCGUAGGGUUGAUCGACUCUCAACAAAACCCCCCUCAAAUAGCUGCUGCUAGCAUCAAAAGAGUUUCACAGCCAGUUCAACCCAGAUCUCCAGAACCAGUUCCAUGUUCCUUAAAUCUCAGUUCACCAGAACCAGUUGGGGUUCAAAAAUCAUCAGACAAUGGGAUGCAGCCAAAUUCAUUAGACAAUGGGAUGCAGCCAAGUUCAUUAGUCAUCGGGAUGCAGCCUAGUUCAUUAGACAACGGGAUGCAGCCUAGUUCAUUAGAUAACGGGAUGCAGCCCAAUUCAUUAGAUAACGGGAUGCAGCCUUAUUCAUUAGAUAACGGGAUGCAGCCAAAUUCACCAAACAAUGGGAAGCACCGAAAUUCAUCAAACAAUGGGAUGAAGCACAGUGCAUCUCGUGGUAAGAGUCAGGGAAGACUAACUAGGAAGGAUUUGCGGUUGCAUAAGUUGGUAUUUGAAGCAGAUGUUUUGCCGGAUGGAACUGAAGUAGCCUAUUAUGCUCAUGGAAAGAAACUGUUGGUUGGUUACAAAAAGGGAUAUGGAAUUUUUUGUACCUGCUGCAACUCUGAGGUCAGUGCCUCAGUGUUUGAAGCUCAUGCUGGCUGGGCAUCUCGACGCAAACCUUACCUGCACAUAUACACAUCUAAUGGAAUCUCGCUCCAUGAGCUGUCCAUCUCUUUAUCAAAAGAUCGGAGGUUUUCCAACAAUGAUAAUGAUGAUCUCUGCAGCAUAUGUGAAGAUGGAGGGGAUCUUUUGUGUUGUGAUGGGUGUCCAAGAGCUUUUCACAUAGAUUGUGUCCCUCUACCUUGCAUUCCUAGUGGUACUUGGUAUUGUAAGUAUUGCCAGAAUGUUUUCCAGAAAGAUAGGCAUGGGCAGCAUAAUUUGAAUGCUUUGGCAGCUGGAAGGAUUGCAGGCACUGAUAUUUUAGAACAGAUGAACCCAAGAUGUAUUCGUGUUGUCAAAACUGUAGAAGUUGAUCAUGGUGGAUGUGCCUUGUGCAGUCGUCCCAAUUUCAGUAAAAGCUUUGGUCCUCGGACAGUAAUUAUUUGUGAUCAGUGUGAGAAAGAAUAUCAUGUUGGAUGCUUGAAGGAACAUAACAUGCAGAAUCUAGAGGAAUUGCCGGAAGGGAAUUGGUUUUGUAGUACAAAUUGCAAUCAAAUCCAUUCUGCUUUGGGGGAUUUGGUGGCUUGUGGGGAGAAGAAUAUUCCAGAUUCCCUUCUAAGUUUGAUUAAAAAGAAGCAUGAAGAGAAAAGUCUUGAGAUUGGAGAUGGUCUUGAUGUUAAAUGGAGGGUUAUCAACUGGAAGUUAGAUAAUUCGGUUGAAAUUAGGAAAUUGCUUUCAAAAGCUGUUUCGAUUUUCCAUGAGAGGUUUGAUCCAAUAGUUGAUUCUACAUCUGGCCGUGAUUUCAUCCCCACAAUGUUGUUUGGAAGGAACAUUCGUGGUCAAGAUUUUGGUGGAAUAUACUGUGCAGUGCUUUCUGUCAACGGUGAUGUUGUGUGCGCUGGAGUAUUUCGUGUCUUUGGGUCAGAAAUAGCUGAGCUUCCAUUAGUGGCUACAACUACUGAUUCACAAGGACAGGGCUAUUUUCAAUGCCUGUUUUCUUGCAUUGAGACGCUACUUGGAUCCUUAAAUGUGAAAAACCUGGUCCUACCGGCUGCUGAUGAAGCUGAAUCAAUAUGGACCGGUAAAUUUGGAUUUUCAAAACUAGAGCUGGAUGAGAUAAACAAGUAUAAGAAAUUUUAUCGCAUGAUGAUAUUUCAAGGGACCUCGGUGUUACAGAAGCCUGUUCCUGCACUCUGAAGUACUUUUAACCUGGAGUUUGUGUAAAGUUUUUUUGGAGCCCUCACAUGCAAUAGACUUUUUACCCUUGGUUGUUUUGCUUGAUGCAGCAGAUCAGACUCGUUUAGUAUGUACAGGGAUCUGCCUUUUUUGGUGUACAGAAAAAGAAAAAAAAACAACCACCUCUAGCUGUUAUAUUUUGUUUUCGUAGCAAAGAAAUGAAAGGAGGUCAGAGUUGAAAAUAGAGGAUACUAGGAUCAUGUGAUUUUUCCCAAACUAGCCAAAAUUUUGGUUGUUAUAAUUUCGUUUAUUAUUGGCCACCUCGUGGUUUUGAACUUGUUAUGCCGUCGACAGAUUUUGCUGCUUUUUCUUAACCUCGUUUAAUCGGAUAUAUUUGUCGA